UCAGACAAGAACGGUUGAAGGGUUGCAGCAUGCCGGCCACUAGUACUUUGACUACAAAUUGUCGCUGAGCGCCUUCACAAAGAAAUUUCCCUACAGAGUCGAUACAUCACAUCACAUUGAGAUGCGUGUUUCAAGCUUGUUGUUUCUAAGCCUCAACGGCCUCGCAGUGGGCUCGCCACUUGACUCACACGUAAUCCAUGAGAAACGAGAUGCAUUGCCGGUGGCAUGGAUCAAGCAAUCGCGUGCACCAAAGGAUACAGUUCUGCCUGUCAGGAUUGGUUUGACACAACGUAAUCUGGAGCACUCGGAUCGAUACCUCGACGACAUCUCUGAUCCAGACUCGCCAAACUUCGGUAAGCAUUGGACAGCAGAACAGGUUGCGAAUACAUUUGCACCGCAUCCACAUGCCUCAAAGACCACCCUCGAGUGGCUCCAAAGCUCUGGCGUCGAUCUGAAGAGAAUCAAGCACUCAAUCGGUCGCAACUGGGUCGAAUUCUCAGCUACUGUGGAAGAGCUUGAGGCAUUGCUGAACACUGAAUACCAUUACUACCAACACAAAGCGUCCGGUGGAUUCCGCAUUGCAUGCGACCAGUACGGGCUUCCGCAAGGAGUUAGCAAGCAUGUUGACUUCGUCAUGCCUACUGUUCAGCUUGACGGCCUGCAGCCAGUGGCUCAGUCUAAGGCUGCAAUUCAGGCCCCUGUCAACAUCACCGGCCUUUUUGGUACCACCAACUGCUCGAGUCUGAUCACCAUCGAUUGCUUGAGAGCUAUUUACAACCUUCCUGUCGGCAAGUACAACCACACCGGUAAUCAGCUUGGUAUUGCAGAGUGGGCAGACUAUCUCUACCUCCCGGAUCUCAAGACUUUCUUCGAAAACUUUACGAACCCUAAGAUCCCGUCUGAUGUUGUACCGGAGUUCAUAUCGAUCGAUGGUGGGAAGCCUUCUAAUCUUUCGCUGGCACAGGAGGAGAAGGUGGUCGAGAGUGCUUUGGACUUCCAGACUGCGUACUCUAUCAUUUGGCCACAGCAGGCGCGCCUGUAUCAGAAUGGUGACUCGGUCAAUGUUGACUCUGUGGGAACUUUCAACAUCUUCUUGGAUGCAUUGGAUGCUUCAUACUGCACUUAUCAAGGUGGAGAUCAGCCGUACGUUGAUCCUGCCUACCCAGACCCAAAUGAUGCGCCAGGUGCCUACACCGGCCCUCUCCAAUGUGGCGGCGCACCAGUCAGUAACGUGAUUUCGGUCUCGUACGGCCAAAUUGAAGGUGCCCUUCCUCAGUUCUACCAAGAGCGUCAGUGCCGCGAGUGGAUGAAGCUGGCACUGCAAGGUGUCAGCGUGAUCUUUGCGUCUGGAGACUCCGGCGUAGCCAACAGGUACAACUCUGGCUACAACAACAGUUGUAUGAACUCAGAGUUCGGCUACGUUGAUGAGAAGGGCACACGGUUCUCACCUUCUUUCCCUGCAAACUGUCCUUAUAUCACUUCUGUCGGCGCUACGACACUCCUCAACUCCUCCAUCUACGGUGGCGAGAAAGCUGUAGCUUCGCCCAACGGUCCGCUUUCCUACUACUCUGGAGGCGGUUUCUCCAGCGUCUUCCCACGUCCGGCUUGGCAGUCGAAGGCAGUCGAGAAGUACCUCAGCAAGUACGCACCCAAAUACGGCGAGGCCGUGUUCAACUCCUCUGGUCGUGCGUACCCUGAUGUCUCGGCUCUGGGUCUUAAGCUUGCGACCGUGUGGCUCAACAAGACCUAUGGAAUUGGUGGCACAUCUGCAUCCGCUCCUAUCUUCGCUAGCAUCAUCAACUUGCUGAAUGAGGAGAGACUCGAGAAGGGCAAAGGGCCGAUUGGUUUCUUGAACCCCAUCAUCUACAAGCACCCUGAGAUGUUCAACGACGUGACGGUUGGUGGAAACCCAGGUUGUGGCACUGAGGGCUUCCCAGCUAGUCCCGGCUGGGAUCCUGUGACAGGUCACGGAACGCCUGAUUACAACAAGAUGAGGAAGGUGUUCUUGGACUUGAAGUAAAUGUCGACAGUAGAAAC